AUGGAGCCAAGCUUGGAUGGAGCUGCAGCAGCAGCAGGGCCGGCCUCCGCAUUGGCCGCGCAACAACAACACACACAGCUUGAUCAAAACAAUAAAGAGAACGAUGUCGAUACGGCUGAAUUUCUGAAGAGUAUCCGUGAAUUGAGUGACAAGCGCGAUCGAGAGGAUUUGGAACGGUAUCAGAAAUUGGAGGAGGAAGUCGCAAGGAGUCGGGCGGAGCGGGCACAGAAGAAGUUGGAUUUUAUGCAUGAGGCUGAUGGUUGGGUUCGAUGGGCAGAACGUACACGAUCGAUAUCGCCUAAAAAGCCAUAUUCGAGCAACGAUCUACCUUCGUUGAAAGCAAGUAAAGCGGCCAAUGUUGCCGAUACGCCGCCACCAUUGAGCUCCUCGAUCGCACCACCCACUUCCACUUCCACUUCCACUUCCACUGCCACAAUGGAGGGCAUGCAGGCAGGACCACCCUCGCCGACCAAGGAUACACCAGAGUUCAAGGGUUUCGGGUCGAUCAAGAGGGCGAGCGCAUCGUCCACAACCAGCGCAUCAGGGGAAGCAGGAAAGCCGGCGCAAAGUGCUAGCAGUCUAGCACGAUCAGGGACAUUAUCAUGGCAGCGAAGGCCUCAGUCGAGAGGAGGAAGCAGACCUGCGUCUGUGAUAGGUGGCCAGGAAAAUGGGCACGUGAGGGAUACAUCAACAGAACAGGCUGAACCAAGCAGAGAUCAGAUCGCAGCAUCGCUAGGGUCACGGGAUCCUUCAUUCUUUCGGCAGACUGCUGAUAGAGGUGUUGGCUCUGCUGCGUACAGACGGAGUAAAGACGAAGCUCCCAUAUCAGACUUGGGCAGUGGAAGAAGAGGAUUGCCGGGGCUGUCGCAGGAAAAGUUUGGAGAUUAUGCUAAGCCUGCCAGUCCAGCGCGACCGGAGAGCGUCGUAUCUGAGGCAUUCUCCACACCAUCAGCUCGCGACAGUGGCUCUAGUAGUGCACGCUUUUCGGGCACUUCGGGCUCGAGAAGUAGCAAGCCAGAUUUAAAGUCUUUACUCGCAGAAGACCAGGCACAGCAAGAAGCCUCGCCCUCAUCAGACCCACACUCGUCAGCAGGUGGCGACUCUGGCAACCUUGGCCGAACACCAACAAUGUCUUCCUCCCAAUCACGCUUGGCCAACGCCACAGAACGACCAAGCUCGCCAACGAAAGGCAUGGGCGGCUUCGUCCAAAGCGCGAUGAUGAAACGCAGCGACAGCGUCAACAAGCGCUGGAGUGCCCAGCCCAACGCAGCACCGAGUCUGAGCCGUCAAAACAGUAUCGCCAGUGCUCGAAGCGGUUAUGGUGGGCUCCAGGGCUCGUAUAGCAUGCCGAAACUCGACCCCACCAUCAACAGUCGCGAGAGCAGCCACGAAUCUACAUCACGACCGACCUCCAGCAGCAGCAAUGAUUUAUCUGCUCUUGCUCAGCUAGAGGGCAAAGAUAGCGAGGGGUUUGUGAAGCCCGCUUUGCCACGACACCAUAGUAGGAGUAAAUCUGUGGUUUCGAACUACGCCGUCAAUACGAGUGAGGAUAGUACCACGUCACCGCCUAGCAGCCCCUCGAAGCGCUUUAGUCCUACCAAAUCGAGUUGGAUUGAGAGUGCACUUACGAAACCCGACUCACCGAACCCUUCUACCGCAGCACCAGCGCGGAACUCGCAGCCGAGCUGGAUGGCUAAUAUCGCGAAGCAGAAAGCUGAGCGGGCGAGUGGCGAUCUCACGCCUCGGACAGGCACGCCAAAGCCUGCGGAAGAGAGCUCACGACCUUCCUCGCCGACUAAGCUUUCUGGGGGAGCGCCGUUUGGUCAAGGGCUGCUGAAGCGGAGUGAGUCGAGAGACCUGCAGUUACCGUCACGGUCGGGGACGCCUGUGUCGAGUAUGGCUAGGCAGGGUGCCUUGACGCCCAAGCCUGAUUCGAAAGAAGAGGCCGUGUCGUCUUCAAAGGCCCACGCCACCACGAGUAUACCGGCCAGGGAUGCCGCUGCAGGAGCUUCAUCUCCCUCGCCACAACUUCAGUCCAGUAGAGAGCCUUUGCAACCCUUACCAGUGAUGUCGACCGCUCCAGAACCUGCCGAGUCGACCAUGCCUGAGCCUGCCACAACAUCAAAUGAGACAGUAGAGUCCAUCGGCACAACUCCUGCGCCAAAGCCAAAGCCAACGAUCACUGCAAGCAAACCCGACAUAGCCACAAAACCGCAAACCGACUUCCGCGGCACCCUCCGCUCACGCCCAGCACCCGAAACGAAAUCGGGUGAGACACCAGAAUUCCUCGCCAAGUUCGGUCAUUUGCGGAAAGCGGCGACAGAAAAGUACGUCGCCCCUGACACUUUCGGCAACAAUAUCAAGCGUGGCAAAGCGGAGCUCGCGAAAACGGACGGACCGGUCAAGACUCUUCGGCGAGAUGAGCUUAAGGAGUCUCUGCUCGCUAAGAAGGAGGACUGGAAGAAGGCUAAGAAUGAAGGGAGGGAGUUGCCUGGAGCGGUGCAUGAAAGGAAGGUGAGCGGGACGUCGGUCACACCUAGUAAGCCCGAGGCUCUUGCUCGAAGAGACUUGUUGGGCCGCUCUGAAAGCGGGAGGUUGGCUGCGAGCCCGGAGAAGCCGAAGGAGGCCACUCCUGAGGCAUUGUCGAGACAGAAGAGUCUGCGCGAGAAGUCGAAAGUUGAGCCGCCGAGGUUGGUUAAGGAAGCGAGCGAGCCGGUCGGCAGGCCAGCUACGACGCAGCCUGAGCCGCUAGCUUUGAAAGGUAAAUCGACGACGCUUCCGGCACCUGCUGAUCCACCACUUGAGAGCUUGUCGAAGCAGACUUCUGCGCCUGCUGCAGUGCCUAGCGAGACUAGUAGACUGGCAGCUCGCUUCAACCCCGGUCUGGCGAAUAUACUCGCUAGAGGACCGCCUAGUGGUUCCAAUAAGCCUUCGCGAUCGGAGAGUCCGGCUAAUGCUGAUCGCACGCCUGCCGCGUCGGGUGUAGCUGGUGAGUCGGGGAAGGAUGGACCAUUGCAGGAUAUGCGGAAGGGUAGGGCUAAGGGCCCGAAGAAGAGGAAGGGUGGUGCUGGUGAGGAGACCAAGGAGGAGAAGGUCGAAGAGCCUGUCACCAUGUCUUCUGCUACAUCUGAAGUAUCACCUACGAUGUCUGAAGAGAAGGAAGAAGAAGUGCCUGCUGUGCCUUCGGCGAGUAAGCCGCGCGCUCCGCCAGGGUCCGCUGCUAGCCUUAUGAUGGCUUCGUUGCGUGGACGCACAGAAGCACAAGAGCCAGCUUCUAAGUCUGACGCACCGCCAACGCCCAAACAGCCCACCAUAAGCUCUACGAAGCAGGAGCAGCAGAACCCAGUCAGCAAACCAGCCGCACUGUCCACCCCAGCAAAAUCUCCGGCACUACCUGCGAAACCCACCCAGACUCCUCAGACAGCGAAGAAAGCCAACGUACCAGAAUUCAGUGGUUUCGGCAGCAUGAAGAAGUCACAACCAGCAGCACAACCAGACGACAACAAAGAGAAUACCAACUCCCCUCUUCCAUCCGUACGAAACGUAGCAUCGUUCUGGACGCGCCAAACCUCGCCAGCCAAGAAAGCCGAAGCUCCACCCCAGAUCCAACUUCUGAGUCGUAGGGAUGAAGAGGCUGCUCUGCGAUCUGCGAAUCUACUUAGUACUUCGCCUUCACGACCGGGAUCUUCUAAGGGUGGUCUUGGUAUCUCUGUUGAGAAGACUGCUGUUGGGGAUGGUGGGAGUGGGGUAGCUACGCCGCCGUCGUCGGCGGGGUUGCCUCCUAAGCCUGGGAAACCUUCGAGGGUUGUUAGUGGGCAGUUGAGGGAGGCGAGUCCGAAUAAAGCUUCAGCAACCACGCCGACACCACGGGAGCCGCGCACGCACGCAGAGCGGCUACUUGCCGAGUACUUCGGCUCAGUGCCCGUCUGCGACACCAUCUCCUCAAUUGACGUGAACGGCGUCAUUGCCUCUGCGAAGAUCUCAGCGGGAGAGGAUCUCAAGACUCUUCGGCGAAGUACUCAGAUCGUUCUUCCGGACGGCACGCUCAAGCCCUUGCCGCAACAGGAAGAGUAUACUCUCUUCUCGCACGAAGUCUACAUCCUCAGCCAGACUUGCGUUGGACCCACGGGAUUGAAGAAGACACAAGUCUACAUCUGGUCCGGCAUCUCAGCUCCCCAAGCCACAACAUCACAAGCACAGAACCUCGCUCGUCGUCUGUCACGUGGAGGCGGCAGUCUACCUGUUCGAACAUUUGCGCAAGGGAAGGAGGACACGGCGUUCUUGUCGGCUAUCGGCGGGAUCCUGAUUACUCGUCACGGCGCUCGAGAGGGGGCGAAGAAGCAGUUCGCACUCUGUGGCCGUGCGCAUAUGGGGCAGGUCGUUUUCGACGAGGUUGACUUUGGUAUCGAGAGUCUAUGCUCCGGCUUCGUGUACCUCAUCUCUUAUCCCGUUACCCUGCAGCAGACGAAAAUGUACUUGUGGAAAGGCUCGGCGGCUUCAACAGAGGAGAUUGGGGCUGCGAGAUUGGUGGCUAUGGAUCUGAGUUCGACGGGUGAGAUUAUUGAAGUCGAUGAUGGGGCUGAAUUCGCUAGUUUCUUGAAGAUCUUUGGGGCUGAGACGAAGAAGGGGGAUGUGCCUAAGUCUUCUCCUUCGAUCUGGGGACGGAAGGCGGAUCAUCCUGGUAGCGCGGAUGUAAGGCUCUGGAGGAUACAGGAGGAAGAGCAGAAGACCGGGUUGUUUGUUGGAAUGUUCAAGCGACGACCGAGCUGGCAUUCUUCUGGCACUUCUUCACGAUCGCCUUCUGCUGAUGGGCGGGAUAAUGGAGUGGCUGGGGCUAAGAUCGAGGCGAAGGCGAUCUUGCCAUUCACGCAAGCUGAUCUGGAGGUUGAGGGAUUAUACGUCCUCGAUGCUUAUGGGAGUGUGUAUGUGCUUGUGGGCCCGCUGUUCGCUUCCGCGGUGAGGGAGAAGAGGAAUAGAAUGUUUGGGCAGGGAGUGGCGUUCGCGCGGGAAUAUCUGCGCACGGCACACCGUCAGGGGGCAGAGGGUGGCGGAAGGCCAGGGGUAGUUCUGCAUGGUACACCAGAUACUUUGAAGCAUGUCUUCAGGCAUUGGGAUGAAGGACGAGGUUUGUGGGGCACGGCUGGACUUAUGGCUGGGUCACGAAGUGGAAGUCAUGAGGACGAUAAGCCGGUCGUUCUCUCGCUGGACGAGAUUGUGGAGGCUUUGACUGCUUCGUCAUGA